AUGCGCUACUAUUUCCGAUCCACUCUGAUCGCCGCGAGCUUCCUCACCACACACGCAUACGCCCUACCACGACCAGCAACGUACUCCGUCGUCAAUGUUGACGGCGGCCAAACACAAACCGCCCUCCCGACAACGGUCGUCCAUACCGUCACCGACUCCACGAACUCUGAGACGACCAUCUCCGUAACAAUACACGAGAGCCCCGCGACAGCAACCAUCGUCAGCAUACCCUCAACAAUCGUCCAGACCGUCGCCCACGCGACCGACACCGCGCUCGUGCCGGAAGUCUCGACACUACCACACCACCCCGAAGCUGGCCCGCAAGAGUCGAGCUCGUCAUCAAUACCUGUCGUCACUCCUGCUACCGUGCCAAAUCCGGUUGCUACCGUGCCACAUCCGGAAACCGUGACAAUUGUUUCGUUGACCACCGCCACACCGACGACAUCUUACUACGACAACGGAAUGUGGCACACUUCUUAUGCGAUCAAGCAGUGGCCCGAGUGGAGCAAUUACGAGUGGUUGGGCGCAGCCGACGGGGUCCUACAGCAGUGGUGGGUGGAACUCUACGACAACCAGAUGAGCAUUAUGAGAUGGGGUGAUGACGAUUUGGCACUAUGGGGCAUUCGAGAGAAAUUGAAGGACGAAGCGACGGAAUCAGGAAGAACACGAUCAUACGAUGUUAUGUUGGCGACGGGGUUCAUGGGUGGGAAGCCAGCUAGUGCAGCAUAUGGCUGGAUCUUGGGAUGGUGGAAUGGGAUAAUAUGUAUACAUUAG